AUGACCACAUCGCCGACCCCAGCCGCCCCCACGGAGGACCCCGCAAAAUUGCACAACCCGUACUUCUACCAGAAGCCCGGCGACAAGGAUAUCUGGACAUUGAUCAAUGAGGCCGCCGCCGAGGCGCAAAAGCUGCUGGGUGGCCGUCAGAUCGUCAACUUGGGCCAAGGGUUUUUCUCAUACAACCCGCCGGACUUCGCUCUUGACGCUGCUAAAGCCGCUUUGAACGAGGUUAACCAGUACGCUCCUGCUCGAGGCAACCCCAAUUUACUUGCGGAAGUCGCUCGCCACUACCUGACGCUGUAUGGACGUAAGGUUGAUGUCUCGCAAGUACAGAUCACCACUGGUGCUAACGAGGGGAUGCUCUCGAUCUUCUUCGGCUACUUGACCCCUGGUGACGAAGUUGUGGUGUUUGAACCGUUCUUUGACCAGUACAUUGCUAACAUCGAGAUGACUGGUGCUACCAUCAAGUACGUGCCCAUUAACUACCCGCUGAAGAUGGACACUGCCACCGUUACUGGUGACGACUGGCAGGUGGACUGGGCCAAAUUGGAAGCUGCCAUCACUCCCAAAACCAAGAUGAUCGUCAUCAACACCCCUCAUAACCCCAUUGGCAAAGUGUUCACCGAAGCCGAAUUGGAACGCAUCGGUAAGCUCUGCAUCAAGCACAACUUGAUCCUUGUCUCCGACGAGGUCUACGAAAACUUGUACUUCGGCAAGACCUUCCCCCGGCCGGCAAACCUCGCCAAUCUCCCCGAGCUCGCCGACCGCACGUUGACGGUGGGGCUGGCGGGGAAGCUGUUUGCCGCCACUGGCUGGCGCAUUGGCUACGUGCAAGGUCCAGCGAACCUCAUCAAGUACGUCACUGCCGCUCACGUGAGAAUCUGUUUCUGCUCGCCGUCGCCGCUUCAACAGGCGGUGGCCCAGGGGUUCCGUGCUGCUGACCAGUCCAACUACUUGGCUAAAACCCGCGACCAGUACCGCCACAAAUACCAGCUUUUCACGAAAGUGUUUGACGACUUAGGGUUGCCUUACACCGAAGCCCAGGGAGGCUACUUUUUGCUCGUGAACUUAAGUAAAGUGAAGAUCCCCAAAGACUACUCCUACCCGCCGGAAAUUGCCAGCCGCACCAACGACUUCAAAUUGGCCUACUGGUUGAUCCAGGAGCUUGGCGUCGUCGGCAUCCCCCCCACCGAGUUCCUUUACCCCGAAAACCGUGAGGGUAACGGCCUCGAAAACUGCUUGCGGUUUGCUGUGUGCAAAGACGAUCUGAUCUUGCAAGAGGCGGUCGAACGGUUGAAAUUAUUAAAGGAUUAUAUUUAA